AUGGUUGGGUCUUCGAAACCAUCCGAAAAGAAGCAGUCAUCCUUGACUAGUUUCUUCACCCCAAAGACUGUCAAUGGCUUGUCACAGAAGUUGGCUGCCCAGAAGCCAGCCAAAGACGACUCCAAAGCCGGACGCUCGUCCUCGCCAUCUGCCCCUGGACCGUCUCAAGUCUCCAGGUUCAAGCGACCUCUCCAAGAGGACAAUGACUCUGGGAAUGGGACUGAAAAGACUACCAGGUCUAGCCGUUUGACCAAACGCGCCAAGCGUGUCCUUGAUGACGAUGACGAGUCCGAGAAUCAGGAGCUUCCAAGCUCGCCUCCUGCUGGAAAUGGCCCAAGUUCAUCCAGAACCGGAAAAUAUGUCUACGAUGCGGGGUCCGCCUCAAAGACUGGCGCACCCGACGAGGACGAGACCGAAGAUGCGGCAACGAGACGGAAGAAGGAGGAGCUGCACAAGAAGUUUGUCAAGAAGCUUGGCCAUCCAGACAGCAUGUCGUACAUGAAGAGGCGCAAUGGUGCCCCAGACAGUUCUACUCCAGGCCUGGAGGGUGAUGACGCCGAAGGAGAGGAUGAGGCUGAGGAGGACGAACCACCACCGACCAAGGGCAAGAAGAAGGGUGCCAAGACUGGCAAGCUUACGCCUAUGGAAAUCCAAUUUCUCGAUAUCAAGAGGAAACACAUGGAUACUCUCUUGAUUGUCGAAGUUGGUUACAAGUUCAAGUUCUUUGGCGAGGAUGCUCGGAUAGCUGCCAAAGAGCUGAGCAUUGUGUGCAUUCCUGGCAAAUUCAGAUACGAUGAGCCCCAUCUCGACCGAUUCGCCUCUGCCAGCGUGCCAGUUCACCGACUCAACGUACACGCCAAACGCCUUGUUGCUGCUGGUCACAAAGUUGGUGUUGUCCGCCAAGUUGAGACUGCAGCCCUCAAGAAAGCCGGCGACAAUCGCAACGCACCAUUCGUCCGAAAACUUACCAAUGUCUACACCAAGGGCACAUACAUCGACGAGACAGGGGAGCUGGAUCAACCGGGAGACACCACUGGUGCUCCAUCUGGUGGCUAUCUGCUUUGUCUUACUGAAUCCCCGACCAAGGGGUCUGGCACUGAUGAGAAAGUGCAAGUCGGAAUUAUUGCCGUACAGCCUGCAACCGGAGAUAUCAUCUAUGAUGACUUUGAAGAUGGCUUCAUGAGGCGCGAGAUGGAGACCCGGUUGCUCCAUAUCUCGCCUUGCGAAUUCCUCAUUGUCGGUGACUUGUCCAAGGCCUCCGACAAAAUUGUCAAGCAUCUUUCUGGCAGCCGUACCAACGUGUUCGGUGAUCGAAGUCGGGUUGAGCGGGUGCCCAAGUCAAAGACGAUGGCUGCUGAGGCUCACUCUCAUGUCACCCAGUUUUAUGCUGACAAGACCAAAGAGGAUGACGAGAACUCAGCAGCGCUUUUAGAGAAGGUCUUGAAGCUGCCGGAGUCAGUCACCAUCUGUCUGUCAGCAAUGAUCAACCAUCUCACCGAAUAUGGCCUGCAACAUAUCUUUGGUUUGACCAAGUACUUUCAGUCGUUUAGUACACGACAGCACAUGUUGGUCAACGGGACAACACUUGAGAGUCUCGAGGUCUACCGAAACUCUACGGACCACUCUGAAAAGGGUAGUCUGAUGUGGGCAUUGGACAAAACCCAGACCAGGCCCGGCCAGAGACUGCUGAGAAAAUGGAUUGGUCGUCCAUUGCUUGACCAGCAGCGUCUAGAAGAGCGUGUCACUGCAGUAGAAGAGCUUCUAGAGAAGCAGUCUGCCAUUCAGGUCAGCAAGCUGACCGGCAUGCUGGCCUCGAUCAAGGCCGAUCUGGAGCGCAGCUUGAUCCGUAUAUACUACGGAAAGUGCACUAGGCCAGAGCUUCUGUCAACCCUUCAGACUCUCCAGAAAAUUGCCAUGGAGUAUCACAGAGUGAAGUCUCCGGCAGAGACAGGCUUCAAGUCAAGCCUGCUCCAGGAGACCCUUCUCUCUCUGCCUGCCAUCGGUGACAUCGUCACCUCCUACCUCGACAAGAUCAACGCCCAAGCCGCCAGAAAAGACGACAAGUACAACUUCUUCCGCGAGGAAGAGGAGACAGACGACAUCACCGAUCACAAGCUGGGGAUCGCGGCGGUAGAGGCCGAUCUCGACGCCUACCGCAAAGAAGCCACGGCCAAACUCAAGAAGAAGGUUUUGGUGGAAUACACCACCGUCUCCGGCAUCGAAUACCUCAUCGAGGUAGCCAACACCGACCUCAAAAACGUCCCCGCCUCUUGGGCCAAAACCUCUGGCACCAAGAAGGUCUCUCGGUUCCACACCCCAGAGGUGAUCAAACUCAUCAGCGAGCGCGACCAGCACCGCGAAGCCCUCGCCGCCGCCUGUGAUGCCGCCUUUUCGGCUCUUCUCUCGUCUCUCGCGGCGGAGUAUCAACCACUCCGCGACGCCGUCUCCUCUCUCGCUACAUUGGACUGUCUUUUGUCCCUCUCCCAGGUGGCCUCCCUACCAGGCUACUCCAAACCCAACUUCCUCCCCAUCACGGCCCCCCCUUCGAUUUCCAUCGUCGAAGGCCGCCACCCCAUAGCAGAACACACCCUUUCCACUCCUUACAUCCCCUUCACCACCUCCCUCUCCUCGCCUGCCCCGUUGGCCCAACUGAUCACAGGCCCCAACAUGGGCGGUAAAUCCUCCUACGUUCGCUCCGUCGCGCUCCUCGUUUUGCUUGCUCAGGUGGGGAGCUACGUCCCCGCAACAGAAAUGACGCUCACCCCCUGCGACGCCAUCUUCACCCGCAUGGGCGCGAGGGAUAACCUCUUUGCGGGGGAAUCAACCUUUAUGGUUGAGGUCAGUGAAACAGCUUCUAUUCUCCGCUCCGCCACCCCGAGGAGCCUGGUGAUUCUGGAUGAGCUGGGCAGGGGGACGUCGACGCAUGACGGGGCGGCGAUUGCGCAUGCGGUGCUGGAUUAUGUGGUUAAGGAGGUGGGGUGUUUGACCUUGUUUAUCACGCAUUAUCAGAACCUGGCGAGGGUGGCGGAGGGGUUGGGGGAUGGGAGGGUGAGGUGUGUGCACAUGAAGUUUAGGGUUGAGAGAGGGGGGGAUGGGGAUGGGCAGGAGGAGGAGGUUACGUUUUUGUAUGAAGUUGCCGAGGGGGUGGCGCAUCGGAGUUAUGGGUUGAAUGUGGGGAGGUUGGCGAGGUUGCCGAAGCAGGUGUUGGAGGUUGCGGGGGUGAAGAGUAGGGAGAUGGAGGAGGAGGUGAAGGAGAGGAGGCUAAAGGGGGUGGUGGGGUUGUUGGGGGGGUUGAUGAAUGGGGAGAAGGGGGAGGAGGAGUUGGAGCAGCUUGUGGAGGGUAUUGAACAGCUUUAG